AUGGAUCAGACCUUUAUCAGUAUACACGACCUCGGAGAGGGUGCCAACAUCCUGUUCAUCUCUGACUCUGUCACGGACAUACUCGGCUACCAUGCUCAACAGGUUGUCGGCAGGUCAUGCUUCGAAUUCUUCCAUCCCGAAGAGGUGCAGAUGGCACGCAAAAUAUACGCCCGGGAUAUCAGGCUCGACAAGGCAGCCGCUCUGAACUACCUCAGCAUCAUGGGCAUCGACGGCCAAUGGAUCAACUGCGAGUGCUGCUUCACCAUCGUCCACGACGUGCUGGUGGCCUGCACCAGCAUCUACCAACGGAGUGAACGGAGCGAGCGACGUGCCUUGGAGGCUCCCCACAUCCGCCGACUGUUCGCCUGCUCGUCCAUGGACCCUCGCUACUACAUGCUGGAGCAUCUCUCGUACAAAUUCGAGAUGCCGGCCCCCGUUCACGAACCCAGAGCGGCCCUCAUCGUCAACCGAUUCACCCGAUCGCUGCGAGUCAUGUUCUCGACAGACGCGGUCGCUUCCAUCCUGGGAAUUCCCGCCCCUGAUCUGCAGAACCAAAGCUUAUACGAUUGUAUAGAUGAGGCUUGCGUCGAGGAGGCCUUCCAAUGUCUGGAACGCGCCAAAGCUAAUGACUCCAUCGCCUACCUGCGUUUCUGGUCUCGGGACCCACGGCCUGCGGAGAAUGUCGACAGCGAGACGGACGGCGACACGGAAGACGAGUCCAUGGUGCAACGAAGCGAGUCUGACUCGCAGGACAGCCCCGGGGGCGUUCGACUGACCUCGGAUUCGGAAGACAAUUCGCAAGCUGCUGCCGAGGGUCGUCUCAGCACAGGACCGCCAAGUACUCUCUACUCCUCAGCUCGAGAGAGCCGUCGACGGUCUCUUUCUCGAUCUCCGAUGGAUCAAGGGGAACAAGACGGCGAGGUCCGGAUCAAGCGCUCGGAAUCGGAGCCGCCUUUGCAAAGGCUGUCGGAGAUCCCACUGCUCCCGUCCGAACCGGGCCAGUCGUACGAUGAGCCUGUGGCGUCACAAGAAUCGCAAUCGACGGCGGGGCCACGACGAGGCCAGCGCCCGUAUCGUUCUGUUGAGCUGGAGGCUGUUGUCUCCUGCACGUCAGACGGUCUAGUGGUGAUCCUGCGGCGUGCAAGGCCCGUUCCAGAGGACCGUCGCUCUCCCUAUCGUCAGACCCUCAGCCGGGGACAGUUUGCUGCCCCAUGGGCUCAUCAGCCCGCUCAAGCCAGCCAUGCGCCUGAAUCGAUCCACGAAACCCGCGCACGAAGUCAUGCAGCGCGCACUUACGGCUACCGAGCGGUUCGUCCACCGUCGCCAGUCCCCGAGAACACCCUCCAAACCAUCCGUGAGUCGGCUGUCUUUGCAUGGGCCGUGGUUGGCAUCAACGAGAACCUUGCCGACUAUGCGCACGGCAAUCCUCGUGGCGAAGCGGUCCCCAGCACCUGGCAGGAUGGACAGCGAGAGCUGUCAGCCGAAGGAUUCCGACGCAGGGCCUUGCGCAGGAGGGCCAUGGGACGCGAUAGGCGCAACAACCGCAAUCGGCAAACAUGUAACAGGUGCAAUGGGAGCGCGACGCCGCCCACAUGCCCGCACUGCGGCUCGACGACCACGGCGACCACGACUCGGCCCAAUGUGGCCUGCGACUGCAUAGACUGUCGCCUUGUCAACGCCGAGCAACAGUGGCUGGUGGACGAGCAAUACCACGCUGGAUAG